GUUGGAUGUGUAAAUGGCACAACACGUAUAUUGUUCUAGUACAUUCCGAUAUGAACGAGACGAGAUGACAGACUUAGCCACAAAGAAAAAAAAUUGCUAUUACAAAAACAAAAAUCCCGCGGCGAUAUCUGGGCCUUACAAAUAGGGCCCUAUAAUUUCAACGAACCAGAUUCAAUCUUCCCCUCCAUCCACUCCCUUUACUCUCCUUUCCCCUUUUUAUUAAAGAUUCCCAACUCCUCUUAUUUUCAAGAUUCAUUCUUUUCAGCUAAGUUACCGCACACACACACUUGGAAUCUGCGUGAAUCUACGGGCUGUUUCUGCACGAGCUAGCUGCGAUGGGGGAUCACGAACAUCACAAGGAAGAGGAGAAGAAGGACGAGUCUCUGAUGGAGAAAAUCGCCGACAAAAUUCACGAUCGCGAUUCGUCGUCGUCGUCGUCUGAUUCCGAUGACGAGAAGAAGAAGUCCAAAUCAUUGAAGGACAAGGUCUACCGCCUCUUCGGCCGGGAGAAGCCUCUUCACAGAGUCCUUGGCGGCGGCAAACCUGCUGAUGUUUUCCUAUGGAGGGACAAGAAGGUUUCAGCUGGAGUGCUUGGAGGGGCUACUGCUGCUUGGGUCUUGUUUGAUGUCCUCGAGUACCAUUUGCUCACAUUGCUCUGUCAUGGUUUGAUGCUUGGUCUAGUGGGUCUCUUCUUGUGGUCUACCGCUAACACCUUCAUAAAGAAAUCUCCACCACAUAUCCCACAAGUGAUUAUCCCGGAGGAGCCUGUGAUGAAGUGUGCUUCUGCAUUGAGAAUUGAAAUUAAUCGAGGCUUUGCAGUUCUGAGGGACAUUGCAUCCGGAAAGGAUUUAAAGAAGUUCCUAUCGGUGAUUGCUGGCUUGUGGAUUUUGUCCUUGGUGGGUGGUUGCUGCGACUUCUUGACACUUCUCUACACAAUUACUAUAGCGCUUUUCACCGUGCCCAUCUUCUAUGAGAAAUACGAGGACAAGGUGGACUUUUAUGCUGAGAAGGCAAUGGCCGAGCUCAAGAAACAGUAUGCAGUAUUUGAUGCUAAAGUUUUGAGCAAGAUUCCGAGGGGGCCGCUGAAAGAUAAGAAGAAAGACUGAAGAUGCUUCACAUAUUUGCAUGUACGUUGUCUGUUUUAAGUUCUUUCCGCGAAUCAUCAGUUGAUGGAUCACAUUGUGGUUGGAUUGUCCUAUCCUAUCCUAUGUUGAUAUUAUUACGCUAAAAUACAUGGUUAUAACUUGACUUCAUCUUUGUAAAGUAUGAUAUGUUUCUUCUUGAUUAACUCCUCGAAGGAGCGCUAGUUAUUUUUGUUUCUCA